AUGGGACAUAAUCCUACAACAUUGAUGAGUGUUUGCAGACCAACUGAAAUGGGUGGACUUGCUUUUAGGGACCUGGAAAAGUUGAAUUUGGCUCUCCUUACUAAAUUUGCCUGGAGAAUAUGCAGUGAAUCUGAAACUUUAAUGGCUAGAACUCUAUCUAGCAAAUAUUGCAAGCAUGGUGAUUUACUUCAUCAAGACAUUACAACAAAAAAUUGCUCGUAUGUCUGGAAUGGGAUCUCAAAAGGUCUAAACGUUGUUCAGCAGAACUACUUCAUGGAAAUCAAUAAUGGGAGAAAAACAAAAAUAUGGAGGGACAGAUGGAUUCCUGGUAUGCUUCAUCCACCUUCUCCUCAGAACGAUCAUUAUAGAUUUUAUAAAACUGUGGAAGAGUUAAUGGUUUCUGAAACACCUCAGUGUAACUCUCAACUAAUUACCUUCUUAUUUGAUGGUGACACUGCGCUUAAAAUCCAAGCUCUUUUUAUAGACACCAACAAAGAAGACAACAUGAUUUGGAUGCCUGCAAAAUAUGGAGUUUUCUCUGUAAAAAUCACAUACAAAAUGUUGUCUUACAAUGAUAGUGAUGUCCAGGUAGACGGCAGAACAAUAGAGAGGAAAGUCUGGAAAACACUGUGGAAAUGCAAAGCUGCACAAAGGAUCGAACUCUUUGCAUUGAAAUGCAUAAGAGGUCUUCAUUCUUCUAAAUACAAGAGAGCAAUUUACAACAACAGUCUUGAAGUUCACUGUGACAUUUGUGGCCACAGUGUAGAAACAAUUAAACACAUUCUUUUUGAAUGCAGACAUGCCAGAAAAGUCUGGAGGGGUAUUAAUAUCAAUAUUGACACAAUUAGAGUAAAUUACGGUUCUGUAUCAGAAUGGGUAACAAGUUGUUUUUCACAGUACUUCCAAUCUAAGGAUGAUCACUGGCUUUAUACACUGAUGAUUGGAGCUUGGAUAAUAUGGAAGGAUCGUUGUGAUGUGGUUUUUCAGGGGGUCACUCUUAACCAUAUUACUUCUAUUCGUAAAAUCCAUUACCAUAUUGCCUCACAUAUGCAUGAUUCUUAUACUGUUGUUAUACCUAAUUCUACUAUAUCUAGAUGGAAGCCUCCUUUAGAAAGCAUAUUAAAAUACAAUACAGAUGGCUCUUUUGACUCAGAUUCUAACCAAUUUGGCACUGGUGUUGUGCUGUGUAAUUCAACAGGUCACUGCAUUGGAACGAAAGGAACAUAUGUAAAUGGAGCACUAAGUCCAGAGGUUGUGGAGUGUAUGGCUAUACGUGAAGCGUUAUUAUAG